AUCCCGAAGUUUGCAAGUUGCUCACGAAAAGCACAACAUGAGUCAAACUAGUAGCCAAGGGGAAAACCAGCUGAUUGCACGGUGUUUCUGAUUCUCUGCCGAUGUCUGAGCCAUAACCAGUUUCCUUGCAGUGCUUCCGAUGUUUGUUACGUUCAUUGUGCCAUAGGUGUGCCCUGAGGAUCGGAUCAACGAGAUAGAGGGAGGAGAGAGAGAGAGAGAGGGCCAACAAGCACCCUGUCACGAGAGACUCCUCCACUCCACAUAAAAAUAAGAAUAAUAAAACAGUGCGCAAGAAAAGAACCUGAAUCGAAAAAUGGUGGUGGUGCUAAAAGUGGGAAUAUGUGAAAUCUGAUGCUUGUCAACCUUCAACGGCUGGCGGGAGAAUCGAGGGGUAAAAAGUGAAGACGAGGAUGAGUACCACUUGACAAACUGUCUGCCUAAGGUAAUUAUUUGCCAAGAUGUCUUCCACCGGUGGUCAGCAGCACUUGUAUCCGGAGUACGAUCCCAGGCGGAUGUUCCCUUUUGGAUUGUCUCCAAUCCCGGAAGUACCAAGUGAAUUGGCCAGUGAGAACUCGUCCAUAUGCCCAAGUCCAAGCCCCUCGGAGGGCUAUGAAGAAGAGUCCGAUACCGAGGUCGAGAGUGUCCGUUCUGCCAUUCUUUAUUCAGGAUCUUGCUCAUCUGUAAAAAGUAAUAAUACAUUGGCAGCUGAAGACGAUGACACCGAGAGCGACUCCAUAUCCGAGGAUGAAGAUGAUGACUCGUCCACUUCCUUCGAGGAUGGUGAAGAAGAAGAAGAAGAAGAAGACGAUGAAGACGAUGAAGACCAUGAGGAAGGUGAGGAAGACGAUGAAGAGGAAGAAAAUGAGGAUAGCGACUUUGAUGAGUUUGACGAUCUAGUUGAGGAUCACAACGAGCCCCAUACAAUGGAAGAGCAAGAAGGAACGCCCGAAUCCAAAGGCGCCUCGGAAUAUGACGAGGCCACCAAGGCCAUCCUGGAUGCUGCCACUCAAUUUGAGUCCAAGACUGGAGCUGAUACAGCCUCAGAAAUAUUUAGACAUCUCCAAGCCACUAAAGAUAAAGAGGAAGUAACCACGGAAUUGGCCAAGAUCUUGAGCGUUCUGGAGACCACGUUGAAGCACAAAGACGAUAAAAUCGAAUCUAGCGAUUCCGAAGAUUUGCACGAGGGAACGGUCGUUCAUAAACCGCCUAAACACCCUGGAACCAACACAAGAGGGAAAAAGAGUCAGAGUCUACAUCAAAAGACUGGAAAAUCUGGGAAAGAAGAGAUGGGAAUUCUUAGCAAAAUUUUAGUCACAUUACUGUGUUCAUGCAAAUCCCCAGCUGCCGCGGGAGAGCUCAAGCGUCUCAUCAACCAAUUUCGUGAAGCUGCCCGAGAAGCCUCUGACGAGGUAGCUGAAGAGCUCAUAUGCCAGGUUUCACAGCAUAUUAAAGGUAAACGAUCUCUCCGGAAGCGAAAGAAUAGUGGCAGCUCAAACCAUUCAAGUGAUUCGCAGACCAAUACUCUGACCCCAAACAACACGGAUGGAAAAUCCAGUGAGGAUGAAGGGUCUAUAACCAAGCAUACCUUGGAAGGUGUGUCACAAGCAGCCUCGGAGGCUAGUGUAACAGUCACCAUUAGCCUUGCAACAACAGCUGCUCAAGCAGAGGAACCAAAUCCCAACACCAAAGUUGAUCCUGACAAGGAUGCCACGCAUGCCGAUGGGGAUUGGGAAUGGGAAUGGGAUGAGAACGGCGAGGAAGAUAAUGGGGACGAGGACGAAGAGGAGAGAGGUGAUGAAUAUGACGGGGAGGGAGAUCUGGCAUUCAUGGAAUCUCCCAAAACUAAACGUCAGACUCACAUGAACCGGAAUGAUUCGGCCAGCAGUGACUCGACAAAGGACACGAUUACCUCUGACGGGAAAUCUGAGACUAGACGGUUGUUGAGUGACAUGGAAUGUGGAGCUUACAAUAGCGACAGUUUUAACUCCCCCGGGCACAGUGGGUUAAGUGAUUUCUGUACAGAGCAAUGCCACACGAGUCCAUGUGGUGAGCACUUGAGCGAUAACAACAAUGAAGAUUGGUCCACGGACGACAAUAUGGACAAAGACAAAUCCUCCUUGAAUAAGAAGAUGGUCGCCAAAGACGUUCAAGAGACUGUUGAAGAGCACCUAUUUGGGCACCUGGAAGAGACUUUCAAAGUUCUCCAUGGCGCGUACCAUAUCAUCACCGGCUCUCAAGGUGACAGGAGCGACUCGUCCGAGUGCAAAGACCAACUUAUGGAUUCUGCACCAAAGGGUAAAUCUGUGGAAGAAACGGACGACAAUGUGAAGGCAGCCACCUUUGAAGACGUUCUGUCAGAGGUCUCCCAAAGUUGUUCACAAUUGGAGGAUGAAAUUCGCAAAAGCUCGACUCCCAAAUCUGAAACUGGAUCAAAAUUAAUUCUGGAGAAUAAAUCUCACAACCACGAUCAGCAGGGCCAUUCUCGGCCAGGCUCUCAAGCUGCCAAUAAGCGCCCAUCGUCAGCCUCGGGCAGUCGUGCGCCGUCCCGACUCAGAGCACUGUCCAGGCAAUCUAUUCCCAAUGGAGAGGAUGGUGAAGAUUGGGGAGAUGAGGACGACUGGGAGUACUACUACGAUGAUGACGAGGAGGAGGACGACGACGACGACGACGAGGAAGGAGAGGAAGAAAAAGAAGAAGAAGAAGAGGAAGUGGAAGAGCUUCUCACAAGGACCGAAAACGAAAAUCCGAGCCUAUCAACCAAGUCGUCAAACUCAAACACAAAUCCUACCACUCCCAAUGGACCAAAUCAAGCGCAUCAAAAGGCCAUCGAGCAACAACCCACCCAAUCACGAUUAUCACCACAACCCCCACCGCCCAUUUCCAAGCAACCUGAAGUUCAUCAAUCUUGCGGCGAAAUUGAAAACAAAGAACCCAAUGAGUCCAUUGCGACAGCAGAUGAAGGAAGUAACGCCAAUAAAGAAGAUGCAACCAGACCCGUGUCUCGAUCCAAACGACUUGUCCACUCACGGCCUAAUUCUAGAUCAGGAUCCCGGCCUGUUUCCAGGGCCUCCAGGCUCGGUCGACGCACUCCAUUACAAGACAUCGGAGAAGAUGGACAGGAUGAAGAGGAUGGUUGGGAGUGGGAGUAUUACGAUGAAGAAGAGGAGGAGCUUCAAAGGCUAUCCCCAAGCAUGGCCACUGCGGCUACCACCAGGGCCACAAGUCCCUUCCCAGGGUCCAUUGAUGCGUCCGAAAACCAAAAUGGUUUUAAACGGGGAAUGCAGGCGCCCCCACAAAUGACAUGUAAGACCCCCAUUCAGGAACAAAGGAUGGUGGCGUGUCGCGGUCCCAUGCCAAUGCCUAAAGCUAAUGAUAUCACAAUAUGUGAGAAGUCUUUCCCGGUCAGUGUGGAAGUAAGACACCACACGUCUAUCAAACGUGUAGAAACAAUCGACCUCAUGAUGUGUCCAAUGACGCCAAUAGCCGAUGCCUCGCUAACCUUGGCGGCAGAGUACUUGGGCCAAGAAAAGGCCCAAGUGGUGGCCUCCUUGCCAAGCAAUUACAUCCCGGAAGAGCAACUCUUACUGAGGCAAGGCAAACAAGCCACCAAGAUCAAGAAACCCAAGGAGAAAGAGGCCGAACAUCAGCCCAACGACUACUGUGAGAGAAGGAAGCACAAAAAGAAGAAAAAGAAACGGAAACGGAAGGACAGUGAGACCAACAAAGCGGGGGAGAAGGAAGGGGAUGGCAAAUUUCUACCCAAGCUUGGGGUUAAGGCGUUGAUUUCGCUUCUGGAGCCAAAGCUAUUCCAAGACGAGGAAGGGGGGGCCAAGAUGGUCUUGUCAGAAACCGGAGCAAAAUGCAUGAUAUCGGCCAAGAAGCGGAGUAAAAAGUGCGCCGAGCCUGUUCAAAUUGAGCCCGAGCUUGUACCUGAGGAAAAAAGCAAAGAGCAAACGGAAAAGCGAAAGUCAGUUAAAGAGAUGGUCAAGCUAAUGUCAACGGCCCCUAUUCCAGACCCCAUGGAUGCAAAGCAAGUGGGGAAAGUGUUGCCCAAGAUCCCACCAAUUCCUCCUCCUAAGCCCCCUCCCCCUCCCUCUAUAAUCAAGCAUCUAGUCGACACCAAUCAAGUAGAGCUUGUACACGCAGGUGUCUCUACCUUGGUGAACAUGAGACCCAAAAAGAUCGAACCCAUUGAGCAAGCCCAGGUAAGGUUGAGCCCAAAAGGGUCGAUUGAUUCCGAGGCCUAUGGAACUGGCUCGUCGUCCUCCUCCACCAGCCCCGUGUCAAGCGUCCAAGAGAUUCUCGGAACCAUCCGAAAAGAUUCCAAAGACGAAAAAAAGCCCAAUCGCCAUUCUCGUCUCUUCCGACUUCUCCAAGACUCGGAUUGCACGGACUCGGAUAGUAGUAGUAGUGAAUGCAAGUCGGCCGAUUUGAGUCGAAUCUCCCUGAAGGGUGUAGGUGACCUGGUUUCCAAGGAGUCUGAUAUGGACUCACUGUGUUCCGUCGAGAGAAAGCACAGCUUUAAGAGUAUCCACAGUAGUGGCAAGGAGAGUGAUGCUGAUUCAGCAGUGGCCGGACCACCACUUGCCGAUAAAAAGAUGAGUCCCGGAUCCCUGAGAAAGCGCUUCAUGAACCUUAAUAUCCAAAGCCGAUAUGACUUCCCCAAUUCCCCCAGUGAGAUGUCCACCCCCACCUCUCCCACAUAUCAGAUUCGACCUCUAAAGAGUGCGAUUUCCACCCCAACCCGGGUGUGGAACUACCUCCAUGAAGAGUUUGACUCUGCCACUCCGAACAGUGCCCUCGUUUCGGAUGACUCCUCGUACCAAAGUGAGAGCUUGAGGAGUCUGGACUCUCCAAAUAGACAAGGGCACAAAUCUGUGGACGACAGACGAAGUCGGAGUCGCUCGCAAGUGACAUCGCCCAAAACGAAUCUCUAUCAAACUCUCCGGAACUCGCCCAAGUUCGAGAUGGAACUCCAAGAGCUUGCACACUUACCCUCGGCCCCCACAUUCAGUCUCCGAGGAUACUCCAGAUAUCCACCUCAAUGAUUAUGAUUUUGGUCCCACAUCCUGAACCUUUAUGUGCUGUGAUAGAUACACUUGGAUGUCUUGAUCAUAUCACUUCUUUUCCUAAAACUGCAAGUUUUGAUAAAAACCACGUUUUUGUAUAAGUCAUGCCAACGUCAAUUUGGGAUAAGAACGGUUUCUACCCAUAUCGAGGAAAUGGCUUGUAAAUACCAAAUACAUCCCAAUUGAUGUUAUUUUUUUGACCAUGUUUCUAGCCCAUCAAGUAAAAACGCGAAUCUAAUGAAAACGACUGUUUUUUUGACAAUAAAUGAUAUCGUACUAUUAGAA